AUGAAUAUUAAUGCUGUAGAACUGGUGAUGCCUCAUUAUAAAUUGACUCUGACCAACUCCAUAGAAAGAGUGGCCUACCUCAUUGUGUUCCACGUGAUCUUCGUGUUCUUCAUAUGGACGUACUGGAAGUCUGUAUUUACUCCUCCGCAGCAGCCAGACAAAAAGUUCCACAUGUCCUACUCUGACAAGGAGCGCUACGAGAACGAAGAGCGGCCCGAGGCGCAGCGGCAAAUCCUGGCCGAGAUGGCGCAGAAGCUGCCGGUGUACACGAGGACGGGGAACGGAGCCAUCCGAUUCUGUGAUAGGUGCCAACUCAUCAAACCGGACCGGUGCCAUCAUUGUUCAGUUUGUGCUAUGUGCGUGCUAAAAAUGGACCAUCACUGCCCGUGGGUGAACAACUGCAUUGGAUUUUCUAACUACAAAUUCUUCCUACUGUUUUUAGCAUACUCUCUGUUGUACUGCAUGUAUAUUGCGGCAACAGUCCUCAAGUAUUUCAUCAAGUAUUGGACAGGGGAACUGAGCAGUGGACGCUCCAAGAUCCACAUCUUCUUCCUUCUGUUUGUGGCAAUCAUGUUUUUCGUGAGCCUCAUGUUUCUCUUUGGCUACCAUUGCUUGCUCGUCAGUCAAAACAGGUCUACACUGGAGGCUUUCUCGGCCCCAGUGUUCCUGAACGGCCCGGAUAAGAACGGAUUCAACCUGGGCUUCGUCCAAAAUCUUCAACAAGUGUUUGGAGAGGAAAAGAGGCUCUGGCUGUUCCCUGUGGUGUCCAGCAAGGGGGACGGACACUCCUUCCCAAGGAGGCGGCUGAACGAAGCCCAGAAUCCGCUGCUCGCGAACGAGGAGCAAUGGGAGGACGACCGGCUGGAGGACGACAACCCCGAUCGCCUGCAAGUUUCUUCCCUUUCUGUGGAAAUGGAGACGUAGCAUCCCUGAAAGGCUGACAGCACAGAGCUCGUUCUUCUCGGCUUCCUUCUCUCUCGUUUGCUUCCUUCAGCGACGGACACUUGCGGAGAAUAAAAGGAAAAGGGGCACGAGGACUUUCCAGACCAGGAAAGCACCACUGCCUGAUGCAAGCCGAGCUCUUUGAAAUGGUUCUUCGGGAUGCUUGCCUUGCUGGUGCUUCUGAGGGUUCCCACACACCACUGAUGGCCAGCAGGGCAAUACUGGAGCAACGAAGCUCACUCAGACCCUUCCCCUUUUAUAUGUGCUGUUCAGAAUAAGUGAAAACUGUCGGUGCAGAUCCAUUUCCAAACGUCUUAAUGGCAAUUACCUAACAGCCUGGACUUCACGUUAUGUCUGAUCCCGCCAGCUAGAACGACUGGUCCUCUAAUAAGGAGCAGACAGAUGGUUCACUGGGCUACUUAGACAAGUGCUUUUCAGCAGGAAUCCUGGUUGCAAAAUCAACUAAUCUCGUUAGACAUCUAGGUGAAUAUGCACCGCAUACGAAGCCUGUAUAUAAUUCCCCCAUUGCUAUUCUCACUCCCUUAAUCCAUAACUUUGAUUCUGCUGCGAACUCUCAUCCCUUCGGGUCUGAAAAGACAGCCUCUUUGAUGCAGUGCAAAGACUUUACACGGAGCUUGAAAGCACAACCCUUGUUGCAAAAGCCGACAAUCCCAGAGACCUUUGUCGACUGAAAUCCAUUAGUACAGACUCAAAAUCGUUCACAACAACAGCCCAAUACUUGCCAAGGUAGCCACCCUGGCUGAAUGCUCCUGCAUACAAAAGCUUCCCUUCACAAAAAGAAGCAGCAGGUCAGGAGGAAAGGUUCUAACAUAGCCAUCAUCCUGACAUGCUAGAUUUCUGUGUACAGGGCAAUGCUUUUGUCUGACGCUUCGCCAUGUUAAGUGAGACCUUGGGCUCUCAUUUCAGGGGUUGCUCCUUUCACUGGCCCAACAUGUUUAGUCUCAAACAUGAGGCCGUUGCCUCCAGAAGGGUCCAGACUCAAUACUACGUCUCUUCCAAAAGGAAGACAGACAAAGUAGAGAAAAUGAAGUGGGUUUAAAACUCACCCGAAGGAUCUGUGUAGUUUGUUUCAAUGGGACUCUUUAGUUUUCACUUUCCCUGGAUUAUCUGUGGGAUGUUAAUUGCUACAAGUAAGUGUUAUCAUUCCAGAUAUGUCUGUUCAGAAACGAGUUCCAUGUAUCAUCUCUGUGAUGCAUACUUGAUGGACAUUCGUAUGGCCUUCAUACAUUACAUUUAUAUUCUUCUCCAAA